AUGAUCAAAUUAUUGCAAAACACUCAAGUUAAACUAACGUUAACGCACUCCCUCACUUCCUUUCAUCACUCUCAAACAAUUUUACAUGAACUUCCUCCGUCUUAAAAUUCCAGCACAGGUUAAAAUCUGCACCCAUCUUUUCCAAUCCCACCGGAAUCUAAAAAUAGUAUCAACAUCAGCAAAUAUGAGUUGGAUGGAUUCAUGGUCGCGCCCGUCAAAACAUUCCGCUGUUCCUCCACCUCUCUACUUAACAGCAGGAGAAAGUGUCCCUUACUGCUUAACAUGUGGUCGAGUCAUGAGUUAGCACCAUGAUAAAAUUCCCUUGAAUAUUUAUCUAAUGCAUUCAACAGGCACCAAAAAAGCUAGCAAAAAGUCCAAUAAUGAAGUCAAAUACUGUUCAGACAGAUGCAGGAAUCGAAAACCAGGAAAACUGGACAAAAAGAUUGAGCAAGCUAUUGUGGCACUUUUAAAUCAAGAGAAAGAAUCCGGGCUGGAGAAGACUGGCGCCAAGGAUCGUUUUGUAAAAGGUGAUCAUCGUAUUAUUGUUACAUGUGAUGAAAUCGAAGAGAUUGUAUUUGGAAGUCGAUUUGACCCUGAGAAGGUUUACGGGAGGAGAAAAAACCGAAAAAGUCGAGCAAUUGGAGGGGCGAAUGCUGAUGCAGAAUGGAAAACGGUUGAUAUGGAAAGUAGCGAGGAUUCGGCGAGCGAGGACGUCUCUCCUCAGCCUAUGGAUACUAGAACCGGCCCAAUGAUACGUCCACCUCAAACAGAGUCAGAUGUCAACUUUAGUAUUGGGGGCGAGAGGAGAAAAGCCGAGAGAACGGAGGAAUCGGCUUCUGAUAUACAGAAAAAGAAUGAUGGCCAGAGGCAGGCCGAGGAAAGGGAGAUGGUUCGAAGGGCAGCUAGAAGGGCUGUUGUCUUUGGUUUCAUUGCUGACCAGCCUCUAGAAACCGUUCCAUCUCAGGCUUCCAAGGGUUCAAAGCACAAAAAGUCGGUUAGCUGGGAGGAAAACGUCGCGAAGGAACCCAUUAGACGCAAGUGCGAAGCUUUGAUGCAAGGCUCAGUAGUUGAGCCAAGCUUUGCUAAAGGGAAUUGGUCUAUAAGAUGGCGUGAGGAGCAUAGCUAUCUAUUGUCAUAAUUGCUUGCAUACAGUAGCUGAUACCAGUGGAUUAUUUGUAGAGAAGAAUAAGAAUUUAAAAUAUCAAGAUAGUUGUGUGC